AGGCGGGCGCGCCCCCCGCGCCGAUGCGCAGCCGGGUGCUGCUGGGCCCGCCAGACGGAGGCCUGCCCGGCCUGGAGCCGGCCGCGCCCGCCCUGCAGCCCGCCCAGCUCGCCGGCGCGCGCUCGGCACCAGGCCUGCCGGGGCGUGGGCCCGCGGCCCCGCCGCCGCAGCACGCCGGCGCGCGCCCGGAGGGCGGCUGGAGCACCCCGCGGGCGAGCCUACGCGCGGUCGACCCCGAUAAGGAGCUGGAGCUGCUGCAGCUGCAGCAGGUGGUCGCGGACUGCAAGGCUCACCACCAGCAGACGCUGCAGUUGCUGGGCCAGCUCAGCACCCAGAACAUCGACCUGCGCGCGCAGCUCGACCGCGCCUCGAUGAGGGACCGGGCCGCUCGCCCCUCGGCGGCCGGGCCGGAGCGCCGCGAGGCCGCCUGCGCGGAGGAGGCCCGGCAGGCGAGCGCGCUGCGCGCGCAGCUGGAGGCGCUCCAGCGGGCGCCGUCCCCUCGGCGGAGCGGCCACGAGGAGCAGCAGCUGGCCGCGCGCCUGCGCGAUCUGCAGCGGGAGGUGGACGUGGCCAGGGACUCGCAGGGCCGCAGCGUGGAGGCCCUCGAGGCCGCGCGCCGCGAGUCCCGCGGCCUCCGCGCCGCGCUGCGGGCCGAGGAGGCGCGCGCCCGGGAGCAGGCCGCGGCGCUGGAGAGGCGGGAGGAGGCUCGCGCCGAGG